CUCCGGCAUUGCCAUGGCGAUGACCUCUGCUCCGAAGAAGAAUCAUGGAAAUUCUCAAAGAACUUCCAUCAACCCUAAAUUGGAAUUCACUCAUCAUCCAUCACGCCAAGCUCCGCAACGAUGCUGCAGUCCUCGCCACAUACUCCCAAAUGCGCUCGCUCGCCCUACCUCCAACCGCCGACGCCUUGCCUCUCGUCUUCAAAGCCUGCCGGAAUCUGAACGCGCCGGACAUCGGCCGGGAGAUUCACCGGAGCGUCGCGUCCACCGCUUUGAUCAACGACGUGCGCGUCGCAACCAGCCUCAUCGAUUUCUACUGCAAAUGCGGCUGUCUCCGUGAAGCAGCCAACGUGUUCGACGAAAUGCCGCAGAGAGACGUCGUUGCUUGGAACGCCAUGGUUGCAGGAUGCGUCGAGUUAACGGAAUUCGACGAGGCGAUGAGUUACUUCGAGGCGAUGCAGAGAGUCGGUCCGAGGCUGAAUGCACGGACGGCGGUGGCUGUGAUUGCGGCGGCGGCGGAGCUGAUGGAAGUAUGGUUCGGAAAGGAAUUGCACGCCUACUGUUUGAGGAACGGUUUGCUCAACUCCGGCGCUCAUCUCGCCACGGCGUUGAUCGGAUUCUACUCGAAGUUCGACGUAGUUUCGGCAGAACGUGUUUUUCGAAUGGUAGAAGUAGGGAAAUCCGCGAUUUGGAAUGCGAUGAUUAAGGGAUACUUCAUAGCAGGGAUGAUCUUCGAGGCUUUGAGUUUGUUCGUUCGGAUGUUGGUCGAUGGAGUGAGGUUUGAUUCAGUGACAUUACUCGUCGUUCUGCAGGCGUGCAGAGAAUCAAGGUUUGUAAGAUUUGGGAUGGAGGUUCAUCAGCAGGCGAUCAAGUGUGGUUUUGGUCAAAAUUUACGGGUUGUCGACGCGUUGAUUAAUGUAUACGGCAGUUUGGGAUUUGUCGAUUCUGCCUACGCUCUGUUUUCCUCUGUUUCCUUAAAGGAUAUCGCUUUGUGGAACACGAUGCUUUCAGUGUUCGUCGACAAUGGUUACGUCGACGAUGCCGUUGCUUUCUUCGGGACGAUGCAGUUGGUAGGCGUCAAUGAACGAACUCUUUGCAUCGUGCUACCGUUGUGCGAAAGGUUUCCGGAUGGGUUGAGAAACGGUCGGAGCCUUCACGCUCAUUCGAUCAAACUCGGGAUGGAAGACAGUGCCUCGGUGAAGAGCGUGUUCUUAAAUCUGUUUGGAGAAAUCGGUUGUGUCGAAUCUGUCGUAAGGAUUUUCAAUGAGAUGUUGAAUCCCGAAGUCCCUUCGUGGAACACGGCGAUCCUUACGUUGGCUGGUAACGGAGUGAGGGAUCGGGCUCUGGAUUUGUUCGUUAAAAUGGGAUGGUAUUCGAGCAUCGCACCUAAUUCCCACACGAUACUAUCGGUUCUUGCAGCUUGCGACGACGAAGUUUAUCUGAAUCUUGGCAGAUCCAUCCACGGCUUCGCCGUGAAACUCGGAAUUGAAAUCGAUUCGCCUCUGCACACGGCGCUAACGAAAAUGUACCUCGACUGCAACUGCGAGGCGGCGUCGAAGUUCUUGUUCGAGAGGUUUGAGGAGAAGGAUUUGAUAUUGUGGAACUCAAUGAUCGCCUGUUACAACGAUAACAACGAGUCGGAAAAGGCUCUGUCGAUCUUCGGCGAACUUGUUCGCCAACAGGAGCCUCGACCUAAUGAGGCGACGAUCAUCACUGCGCUCUCGUCGUGCACGGAUUUGGCUAAUCUUCCUGCAGGGAAAUCCGUACACGCGUACGCGAUGCGGAGGUUGUUUCUUCCCGAUUAUUUAUCGGUCUCGACUGCGCUCGUCACUAUGUACGCACGGUGCGGCGAUUUGAGCGACGCCGAGCUUGUGUUUAUGAACUUGCCGAAUCGAAACUUAGUCUCGUGGAAUGCGAUGAUCGCGGCCUACGGCGUUCAUGGACGAGGAGGCGCUGCGCUGUCCGCUUUCUCGAAAUUGCUGGAAGACGGCUUCGUACCGGACAGGAUAACGUUUGUAUCCAUCCUAUCAGCAUGCAGCCACUCCGGUCUCGUAGAAUCCGGCCUACGCCUCUACAAUUCGAUGAUCCGUGACUUCAAAAUUACGCCGGAGGCAGUGCAUUGCGCCUGCGUCGUAGAUCUGCUAGCGCGAGGAGGCGAUUUUAACAAAGCUUUGGAGUUCAUCGAUUCGAUGGAGAUUCCGCCGGAAGCUUCGGCAUGGAGAAGUCUCCUCGGCGCGUGUCGAGUGCACUCUGCAACGGAAUAUAUUCCCGCCAUUUUUGAAAAGCUCGUGGAACUAGAGCCUGCGAACGCCGGUAACUACAUUCUGGUGUCGAAUAUCUUCGCGGCGGCCGGAAAAUGGAGAGAGGUUGAGGAAAUGAGGAGAAUGCUGAAUAAAAAGCGGUUGCGGAAGCCGCCGGGGAAGAGCUGGAUUGCGAUAAGGAAUGAGAUUCAUUACUUCAAAGCUGGAGAUAGAUCGCAUCCUCAGAGCAGGUUGAUCUACGAAAAGCUGGAGGCGUUGCUGGAUUCGAUUGGAGCAAUUGGAUACGUACCGGACGUUUCCUGCAGCCUGCGCGACGAGGAAGAUGAGAAGAAACUGCAGAGGAUCGGGAGGCAUAGCGAGAAGCUUGCGGUUGCUUAUGGAUUGAUUCGGAGCGGGAGGAGUAGGAGUGCGAUUAGGAUCGGUAAGAAUCUGAGGAGUUGCGAGGAUUGCCAUGAAUUCUGCAAGUAUGUAUCGAGGUUGGUUGGGAGGGAGAUUGUUUUGAGGGAUGGAAUGAGGUUUCAUCACUUCAACAAUGGCGGCUGCUCGUGUGGGGAUUUCUGGUAGUUCUUCUAUCUGAUUGUUGUUAGGGUUUUUUAGACGGCACCUUGAUGGAGAGGGUAGGUUCAUCCUGACCGUUGGAUCUGAAACCGGAGGAGAAUUGUAAAAGAUGUGUAAAGUAUUAAAUACGAAAGAUCAGGUGUAAAAUGUACGUCCUUUGUUAAUGGUUUAGUUUUAUUUAUAUAUAAAAUUAAUAAUUUUAUACUCUA